AUGACCAAAUGGACACGCGGCCUCGGCCACUUCUCCCUUGAUGGAUGGCCUCUCUACAUUUCCGGUUUCAAGUUAACCGACACUUGGAACAUGAAUGUGUCUACUUUUACAUGAAACUAAUUCUAUUGAGAAAUAAAAAAAAAUGUUUCUCGUGAUGGAUUCUUCAAUUGAUAUCGAACAGUUCGCCGGCUGAUAGUCGCUUGGAAAAUUUGGCCUAGGUCAUUGCGGAAGAAGAGGAGCAGCUCAAGGUGUAAAAGUGUUAUUGCGCGAGAAAGCGACGAGGCGCAGAUGGCGCAGGCCAUUUGUUGCAAAUCAGACGGCCACGAAAUGGUCCUUGGUAAUCAAGGAUGAACUGGAGUUAACUGCCGUCUGUUAGGUAAAUUCGAUUAAAUCCGAAAAAAGAGUUUGCUGUAAAGAGGCUUUCGUAAUACUUUUUCUUAUGAAAUCAUUUUUGUUUUUAUCAAGUACUAGUUAAGUUUUUUUAAUGUAGGAAAAAAAGGGAAAAAAAGGGAAAAAAAGGAAAAAAAGAACAAAUAAUUGAAAAUUCUAUGAAAGACUGUUAAAUUACUCAUUAAAGGGCAAGAUCGAGAGAGUCAAACAAAAAAAAAAUAAAAAUAAGAGUAGGGAGAGCCAGAAAGAAAUGUGAACGGAAGAAUUGAGGAGAAUAGAUGCUUGGUUCAUGGAACGAUCUAUCGCCUUGGUUAUUAACGCUCGUAUGAUGUGGUGCUUUGUAUAUUCAUUAAGGGUCCACGCUUAAUGUGUACCAGCGCAUAUUAAGGUUCCUCAGAGGUCUGAAUCACAUACAUGACAGUGGUAAAUGACAAUGAUAUGAAACGGUACGAGUUUCAUUGCUAGAGUCCUAUCCAUCAUGAGUAUACGAGUAAAAAAAAACUUGAAUAACAGAGAUGUAAACUACAAAAUAUAAGAUAAUGGAUAUUCAGUUAAUAUGUAGAACUGCUUGGCAACAAAAAAGAGGAAGCAAAAGCCGCACGAGGCCAACAGUUGUCCGUUGGCAGGAUGAGAGGUUGGCACAAGUCCAAGCGCCUGAGGAUAAAGAAGCCGACAAAACGCGGUUUGGAAAAGAAAGCACGGAGAGCGAUUUGGUGGCCGCCGGUCAUUUUCCGGCCGUGCCCGCAAGCACAAAAACUGCCUCCGUAUGUUUGUGUGCUUGCACGGCUCAUUCGCCGGCAUCCGAAAGCAACUGCGGCCGUCCAGCAACCCGUUCAGCCACCUAAAGCGUUCACAGCGAAAUCGAUUUCGAAAGACUAUUUACAGUGGGAAGUAGGAAUUUUUUACAUAGUCAAAGCUGGGCAGUUACAAGAAAAAUUGAAGAAUCCUCAAAUGAAGCGAUUUCCUUUUUAGCUCAUGAGGAUCUGUCGAUUAGCCGAUUAGUUUUUAGAAGCUCUCACUUCCAACUAAAUUACUUUAAUGUUCUGUUUCAAAAAACAUGACUCAAACUACUACCAGCAAAGAUGAAAAAAGAAAUCCGCGUAAAGUAUUAGAAUGAAAAACAGAAAUUAAAUUAAUGGCAUCCGAACGACAUCAAGGGAAAUAUCAAAAACUACAUUUUGAACCUCGAAAAAACAUCACUCAAAAUCUGAGCCUUAUCAAACUUAAUAGAGUUAUAAAAUUAGCUAUCUAUCUAUAUAUAUAUAUAUAUAUCUAUAUCUAUGUAGAAAAUUUCUUUUGCCGGCGCUCUGUGGGAUCCACUGUUUUGGACGCCUUGCAUGCCCUGCAUUUAAACCGACGCGCAAAAAAACUGUAAAAAAAUGAAUUAAUUUUGUUUUACAAUUAAAAAAAUAUUUUUUUCUGGUUCAAAAACAAGUGAUUUCUUUAUUGCGCAAAGCACUAUAAUCUGCAGUUGUGUAAGUUACCUAACUAAAAACUUUUUUUAAAAAAUCAGAUAUUAGGAAUUUUUUUAUUUCUGAAGGCGGCCACUGUCGAAGGGACGUUCUCACUGGUGACAAAAAGAAGUGGCGGCGAAUUGAGAGCAAACAAAUUAUCAGAAACGGGGUGAGUAGCCUCCGGUCAUCAUUUGUUCUGCCUAUUUGUGGAAAUCACACUUUUGUUGUCAUCAGCAAACACUUAAGCGCACAUAAAUUUUCUAACUUUUGUUAUCAGCAAUUCUUCCAUUACUUCAAAUAACGCAUUUUCAAGACGGCUUUAAGGUCGCCAGUGGCCGGUCUUCUGAUUCGUGGCCAAGAAACUGAUUAAAAUUUUGUCUCUUGCAAUUUUUUUUUGAAAAGUACGUACCUCUUGAGGGAGCAAGUAUAUUCACAUCUUGAUAACUACAGAAACUUCCAUUUUAUUACCAAAAAAAUUUCCUAAGCUACCGUAAUGCCAAUGGUCGUCUUAAACCACUCCAGUUCAGACUUACAGACCCGACCGGUUUACACCGUGCCAUCUUCGCUGGCCUUACUAGACCAUUUUUGACUAGAUUUUCUAUUUCCUGUUUUCGACAUCAAUAGAUAAAAAAAUUACAAAAAGUACGAUUUUUUACUUACUGAAGACGGAUUUCUCAAAUUCACACCAGUACAGACCUACUGGGAUCCGCCCAAUUUGCAUUGCGCCGUUUCCGCUGGCCAUACUAGAGUAUUUUCGACCUUUCUUUCUAUUAAAAAAGGAACAAGGCUAUUUUCGACCUUAAUAGAUGAACAAUUUCAGAAAAAGACGACUUUUUACUCUUCAUUCAAAAUUUCAAUUUUUUUUUUAGCUUUUCUUAAAGAAGUCACAGACGCGUACGUUUGGGUUGAAAUUUUUCAGUUCUAAUUAGUUGUUUAGUCUGAGAAUGAGGUUUUCUACAGCGGCUCUUGUUGCAGGAACGAUCAAAAGUUUCCAUGGCACUGGGGUCUGUCGUCAGGCGACGGAUGUCAUUGUUCGCCCCAUUUCGCUUCAAAGAUGCGGCCUGAAGUUGCUGUCGUUUUCAUGUUCGCCAGUAGUUUCUGUACAGGUAAAUUUGCCUUGAUUUUCCUGAAACCGUGUUAAUGAACAUUUUCGUUUUCAGCUGAGGGCCUUUCUUGUCACUAUUGUGGCGGCGCGGACGCCAUCCCAUCAUUUGCCAAAAACGCCAUCAACUCGUUGAACUUGUCGACCAAUGUGAGAUAAGAGGGGCAGUAUAAUACAAAAUUGCCAACGCCUACAACCUAUGGUCUAAAAAAGAAAAGAAAGAAAGAAACCUAACUUAAUUGGAAAAUUACUGAAUCAACUGAAACUGUCUUCACUCCAACUAUUUUUAUGUUGAAACUGAGUCUGAACUUCUAAUAGUUAUGAAUCGGGGAAUAUACCGAGGGAAGUGUUGCUGAUGAAACGGAUCAGGUUCAGGUCGAUCUGUUCGGUGACUGCAAGGCGAACAGCGGCUCCAACGUUUGUUCUGACGGGCUAUUCUGCAUCAAACGAGCCGGUAAAUUGCCUUCCCUUUCUUUUGCGCCGUGAAAAGAGCCUCGGACUCAGAACUGCUGUUUCAGUGAUAUAUGAGAUUGGCUUCCAGGGUAUAUCUUUCAAAUGGAACACGUACACUAAGGUUGCUUUUCUUUGAAUUUCUCUGAGACAAAGAUUCAGGGAUGUGCCAAUAAGAGAGUUGACAACGACGGCAUCGCGACCAACACCUGCUACGACCUCGGGAAAUCUUCCAACACUACUGGAUACAGUGUGGUGAGUUUUGGAAUUAAAACUGCUUAUUUCUUGUAUUUUGUAAUCUUCUUGAUUCUAAAUUUACAGCGCCGCCGAGACUGCUAUUGCCAAAAGCCUGAUCUUUGCAACUCGGCCCAGACUUUCCGGAAUUUCCACGAAAUGAUGGCUUUUCGUGGGUUUCGCCUUGUUUGUCUCCGCUCAGUCUUAACAACGCAACUUGUUUAUAGCCAAAUGAUUGAAUAA